UGAAAGAGAGAGGGAGGGAGCGAGCGUGCGCACGGUGUGUGUGUGCACAGUCUCAGGAUCGCUGCCUUCCCCGUGGAGCGCUGUAUAGUUAAGUUGGACGGAGCACCGCCGCGCGCUGUCUUCUCCGCGCGGGUUUUUGUAUGUAUUUGGGAACAGAGGUGGGCUUUUCUGGCGGGACAAACUGGGAGUGCUUCGCUAUGACACGCUCGUGCACCAAGGCGUGAUUCCUGAUUAAUGAACAUUGUGCAAGUGGAGACUGGGGACUCGGCUCGUGCGACCGUGCGGGCUUGUCUGUCGCGAGCGCAAUGCUGGGCAUCCCGUUCGUCCUGUGCACCCUGGUCCUCGUGGCCCUCGGCGCCGACGCGACGUCGCGGAGCUGCGGCGACGUGCGUCACGCGUACGCGGCCAAGGGCUUCGCUCUCGCCGGCGCCCCCCAGCACGAGAUCGCAGGUGAACACCUGCGGGUGUGUUCUCAGGGCUACACCUGCUGCACCUUGGAAAUGGAGGAGAGACUAAGUGAUCAGAGCAAGAUGGACCUCCAGAGCCUACUGGAGGAGACCAGCUCCACCCUGCGCUCUACCUUCACCUCCCGGCACAAGAAGUUUGAUGAAUUCUUCCUGGAGUUGCUGGACAACUCGGAAAAGUCCCUGAACGACAUGUUUGUGCGCACCUACGGCAAGCUGUACACGCACAACUCUGAGAUCUUCGAGGACCUUUUUUCUGAGCUGAAGCGCUACUACACGGGCGGCAACGUGAACCUGGAGGAGAUGCUGAACGACUUCUGGUCGCGUCUUCUGGAGAGGGUGUUCCAGCUGCUCAACUCCCAGUACACCUUCGGCGACGACUACCUGGAGUGCAUCAGCAAGUACGCCGACCAGCUGAAGCCCUUUGGAGACGCACCACACAAGCUGAAGGCCCAGGUGACGCGCGCUUUUGUCGCUGCGCGUACCUUCGUCCAGGGUCUCAUGGUGGGCCGCGAGGUGGCCAAUCGGGUGUCCAAGGUGAACAUCUCCCCGGCCUGCAGCAAAGCCCUGACCAGGCUGAUGUACUGCCCGUACUGCGCAGGACUCCCGGAACUGCGGCCGUGUGGGAACUACUGCAGGAACGUCCUGAAGGGCUGCCUGGCCAACCAGGCCGACCUGGACCCUGAGUGGAACCUCUUCAUCGAUGCUAUGUUGCUGGUGGCAGACAGGCUGGAGGGGCCGUUCAACAUCGAGGCCGUGAUGGAGCCGCUGGACGUGAAGAUCUCAGAGGCUAUCAUGACCCUGCAGGACAACAGCAUGCAGGUGUCGGCCAAGGUGUUCCAGGGCUGCGGUCAACCCAAACCCGCCGUAAUGGGCCGGAGCGUCCGGGGUGUCUCAGAUGUCUUCAAUGCCCGCUUCCGACCCUACAGUCCGGAGGAGAGGCCCACCACGGCAGCUGGCACCAGCUUGGACCGACUGAGGACUGUUUGGAGAACGAUGCAACACAGUGUUAUUGAUAUUAAGGAGAAACUGAAGAAGGCCAAGCGGUUCUGGUCUGCACUGCCAGAGGACAUGUGCACCCAGGAGAGAGUGAGCACACCCCCGGAGAGUGAGCAGUGCUGGAACAGUCACACCAAAGGAAGGUACUUCCCGGAGGUGGUGAAGGACGGCCUGACCAGCCAGCUGAGCAACCCAGAGGUGGAGGUGGACAUCACGAGACCCGACACCUUCAUCAGGCAACAGAUCAUGGCCCUCAGGGUGAUGACCAACAAGCUUCGCAGCGCCUACAAUGGCAACGAUAUCCUGUUCCCAGACUCCAGUGACGAGGGCAGCGGCUCGGGCAGCGGCAGUGGCUGCACAGAGGGUUGCACCACCGCCCAACUACAUUUCCCACAAAGCACCGAGGCGCCAAUUGCGGGGGCGGACCGGAGCGACCCUCGACCAGCCGAGGGCGGGGCGGCAGGGACAGGCUCCGCCUCCUCGUCACUGUCGCUGGCCGCCGCGCUGGCUGUCGCCGCCCUGCUGCUUCGCUGGAGAUAAUGGCUGCCCUGUGGGGGGGAGAGGGUGUGGCCAGACACAGACUCCUUGGGACACAUCUCCUAACACAUGAUUAGCCCCUCCCCCUACAUGAGUAGGUGGGGCUUUGAACGGAAACCCCCGGGGAUUAAAAACCUGUUGGACAGAAUGUGAGGUCAAACCUGGAGAGAGAAAGAGAGAGAGAGAGAGAGAGAGAGAGCUGAAGAGAGAGAGGGAGGGAGAUGGACAGAGAGAGAGAGAGAGAGAGAGAAACACCUCUGCAUCCUGCUUGUUCCAAAGAUUCGCUCGGUGCAGUUAUGAAGCAGCUUCACCCUCCACCCACUCAACCUACUACACCUACUACACCUCUCCACCCACUCUACCUACUACACCUACUACACCUCUCCACCCACUACACCUACUACAUCU